AACAAUUACCAACCUAAGCGUUGGUAGAGAAAAAAGAAAAUCGCAAUGAGAUCUUCCUCCAGGAUGGGGCCUUCAGCCCAUCUCACUUUCGCUCUAGGCGUUAUCAUCAUGGCAACAAUGGUUGCUGCAUAUGAACCAUACAGCUUGCCACCACUCCCUUCAUAUUCGCCAUCUCCGAAAGUAGAAUACAACACUCCUCCGCUACCAUAUAUCCACAGUUCUUCACCACCUCCAUCAGUAUACUAUUCUCCAUCACCAAAGGUCGAUUACAAAUCACCUCCUCCACCGUAUGUAUACAGUUCCCCACCACCGCCAUACUAUUCCCCAUCACCUAAAAUUGACUACAAAUCUUCCCCACCACCAUAUGUUUACAGUUCUCCACCACCACCACCAUAUUACUCACCAUCUCCCAAAGUCGAGUACAAGUCUCCCCCACCACCAUAUGUAUACAGUUCUCCACCACCACCUCCAUACUACUCUCCAUCGCCAAAGGUAGAGUACAGUUCUCCACCACCACCAUAUGUCUACAGUUCUCCACCACCACCUCCAUAUUAUUCACCAUCUCCUAAAGUCGAAUACAAGUCUCCCCCACCACCAUAUGUAUACAGUUCUCCACCACCACCUCCAUACUACUCUCCAUCGCCAAAGGUAGAGUACAAGUCUCCACCACCACCAUAUGUAUACAGUUCCCCACCACCACCAUACUACUCACCAUCUCCUAAGGUUGAAUACAAGUCUCCUCCACCACCAUAUGUUUACAGCUCCCCACCACCACCACCAUACUACUCACCAUCUCCUAAAGUCGAGUACAAGUCUCCUCCACCACCAUAUGUUUACAGCUCUCCACCACCACCAUACUACUCACCAUCUCCUAAGGUUGAAUACAAGUCUCCUCCAUCACCAUAUGUUUACAGCUCCCCACCACCACCACCAUACUACUCACCAUCUCCUAAAGUUGAGUACAAGUCUCCUCCACCACCAUAUGUUUACAGCUCUCCACCACCACCAUACUACUCACCUUCCCCUAAGGUGUACUACAAGUCUCCUCCACCACCAUAUGUCUACAACUCUCCACCACCACCAUACUACUCACCUUCUCCUAAGGUGUAUUACAAGUCUCCUCCACCACCAUAUGUCUACAACUCUCCACCACCACCAUACUACUCACCUUCCCCUAAAGUGUACUACAAGUCUCCUCCACCACCAUAUGUUUACAACUCUCCACCUCCACCACCAUACUACUCUCCAUCCCCUAAAGUAGACUACAAGUCUCCUCCACCUCCAUAUGUUUACAGCUCUCCACCACCACCAUACUACUCACCUUCCCCUAAGGUGUACUACAAGUCUCCUCCACCACCAUAUGUGUACAACUCUCCACCCCCACCAUACUACUCACCUUCCCCUAAAGUUUACUACAAGUCUCCUCCUCCACCAUAUGUCUACAGCUCGCCACCACCACCAUACUAUUCCCCAUCUCCUAAGGUUGUAUACAAGUCUCCCCCUCCACCAUAUGUUUACAGCUCACCACCACCACCAUAUUAUUCACCUUCACCUAAGGUACACUACAAGUAUCCUCCCCCACCGUAUGUUUACAGUUCUCCACCGCCACCAUACUAUUCACCAUCCCCUAAAGUUCUUUACAAAUCUCCACCACACCCGCAUGUAUGUGUCUGCCCACCACCUCCUCCAUGUUAUGCUCCUUCACCAAAAGUAAUAUACAAGUCUCCUCCACCACCAUAUGUCUACAACUCUCCACCACCACCAUAUUACUCACCUUCCCCUAAAGUGUACUACAAGUCUCCUCCACCACCAUAUGUUUACAACUCUCCACCUCCACCACCAUACUACUCUCCAUCCUCUAAAGUAGACUACAAGUCUCCUCCACCUCCAUAUGUUUACAGCUCUCCACCACCACCAUACUACUCACCUUCCCCUAAGGUGUACUACAAGUCUCCUCCACCACCAUAUGUCUACAACUCUCCACCACCACCAUACUACUCACCUUCCCCUAAGGUGUAUUACAAGUCUCCUCCACCACCAUAUGUCUACAACUCUCCACCUCCACCACCAUACUACUCUCCAUCCCCUAAAGUAGACUACAAAUCUCCUCCACCUCCAUAUGUUUACAGCUCUCCACCACCACCAUACUACUCACCUUCCCCUGAAGUGUAUUACAAGUCUCCUCCACCACCAUAUGUCUACAACUCUCCACCACCACCAUACUACUCACCUUCCCCUAAGGUUUACUACAAAUCUCCUCCACCACCAUAUGUCUACAACUCUCCACCCCCACCACCUUACUAUUCUCCAUCCCCUAAAGUAGACUACAAGUCUCCUCCACCUCCAUAUGUUUACAAUUCUCCACCACCACCUUAUUAUUCUCCUUCUCCAAAAGUUGAAUACAAAUCUCCACCACCACCGGCUACAUAUUACUGAAAACCAGUAAAUGUGACCUUUAAAUGAGCAACUGAAUGUUAUUUGAUUUUAUAUUUCAUUUCCUUUCUUGUUAUAACAUGUAUGCAAUCAAUUUCGAUUUUCUUGGGAAUGUCUUAAUAAUUUGGAUACAAGUCCUUCAUAUGGUUUUGUGUGUUUUCUCAUAUUAAAUUUCUGCAAAGAUUGUGUGUGGUCUAUUUGCAGUCCUUUGCAAACUGCGGUUAUGUAUUGCUUAUUCUUGACAUGGUAUUUUUAAACAACUAUGUAAUUUUCGUAACAUGAUUUUUUUUA